AUGGCCACCAUCCCCGACUGGAAGCUCCAGCUGCUGGCCCGGCGCCGGCAGGAGGAGGCGGCCGCGCGGGGCCGCGAGAAGGCGGAGCGGGAGCGCCUGUCCCAGAUGCCAGCCUGGAAGCGGGGGCUCCUGGAGCGCCGCCGGGCCAAGCUCGGUCUGUGCCCGGGGGAGCCCAGCGCUGCGUCCGGGCCUCCAGAGGCCGGGCCUCCAGACCCAGACCAGUCGGCGGUCCUGCGGGAGGCCAUCGGCCCGGUGCACCAGAACCGAUUCAUCCGGCAGGAGCGCCAGCAGCAGCAGCAGCAGCGACGGAGUGACGAGCUGCCGGCGGAAAGGAGACUGGGGCCUUCGGAGGCCCGGGAGUGGAGGCCCAGCCCUGGGGAGAUGCAGGAGCCCGGCCCCGGGGAAGAGCGGCUCAGCCCCCGGGAAGCCGGCGACGGGAGGCCGGGGACAGGGGGAGCCCGAGAGCCAAGCCCCAAGCCUGCGGGGCACCCGGGCCGGCCGCGCCCGGGCGAGGCUGGGGACCGGGCCUCGGGGCUGCCGGAGGCGCGGCGCUGGCCGCCGAGCCCGGGCGAAGCGGACCCGGCGGAGCCUCGAGAACAAAGCCCCGGGAGCGGGAGCGGGAGCGAGGCUGCGGCCCCGCCAUGGAGGCCUGGCCGCGCGGAGGCCCGGGAGCAGAGUGCGAGGCCGCCGGAGCCGUCGGAGCGGAGCCUGAGCCCCGGAGGAGGGACGGGCAGCUCCGCGGACAGGGGGCGCCCCGAGGACGCGCGGGCUCCCCGGCCGGCCCCGCAGGAGCCCCCGGGGCCGCCCGGGGCCCUGACGCGAGAGGCCGCGGGCGGCCCUGACGGCGGGCAGCCCGCCGAGCGGAGCCCCAGCCCCGCCGAGGCUGCGGAGGGGGACCCCGGGCUGGCCGAAGGGUGGAAAUGGACCCUGCACUCUGGGAGGGCUCGAGAAUGGACAGCCAGGGACGCGGAGCCCGCCCCUGGGAAGCCAGCCCCUGCGGAGCCCGCCGGCAAGCUCCCGGGGCCCCCCGGGGUGGAGGCUGCGGAGGAGGCGGGGGCUCCGGGGCCGCUGCGGAGCCGCUGCGCCGGGCCCUGCCCCCUCCCGCCCCGGGACGCGGGGCAGCAGGAAGAGGAAGCCGAGGAGCCGCGGCCCCUGCCCGCGCCCGCGCCUCUGUCUCCCCCGCCGCCGGCCCCCCAGCCCCCCGGGGACCCCCUCAUGAGCCGGCUGUUCUAUGGGGUGAAGGCAGGGCCGGGGCUGGGGGCGCCCCGCCGCAGCGGACACACCUUCACCGUCAACCCCAGGCGGUCUGCGCCGCACGCGGCCCCGGCCACUCCCGCCCCCGCCGACGCGGCCCCGGCGGCCGGGAAGAAGCGGUACCCCACCGCCGAGGAGAUCGCGGUCCUGGGGGGCUACCUCCGCCUCAGCCGCAGCUGCCUGGUGAAGGGGUCCCCGGAAAGGCACCACAAACAGCUCAAGAUCUCCUUCAGCGAGACGGCCCUGGAGACCACGUACCAGUACCCCUCCGAGAGCUCGGUGCUGCGGGAGCUGGGCCCCGAGCCCGAGGCCCCCAGUGCCCCCGCGGCCCAGCCCGACGACGACGAUGACGAGGAGGAGGAGCUGCAGGCGGCGCCCCCGGGCGGGCUGCGCUCCAAGGCGCUGCUAGUGGACGAGUCCUGCCGGCGGUGA